AGAAAAAACACUUUGGAAGAAAGUAAAAACCUUUUCUGUUGUUGGCAACUACUUUGCAUUGGAGUGGGUUGCGCUUGGAUAUAAUCAGUACUUUGCUGGUUGCCCUUGUCAACCGGAGGUGGUUUAAGCCGCUUGUCCUUUAGCUUUUCACCGCUUUGCUUUUUUCGAAUUGUUCGACGGGCAAACCUUUGUCGUCGUUCAUACCAAAGAAGGUUGCGGGGCUAUCGGAGGGUCUUUUGGUCAAAAAAGAAGCUCAGAGUCGGUUUUAUUUGGUGGUUUAUAUUCCCCUUCCCUUUGUCGUAUAUAUUUUUUCUUUGGAGGUUCCUACCUGCCCUUUCCAGCGAGGAAACCCUUUUUUUGUGUGUCGAGUCUAUUUGACACACGCAGCCCUGUGCCUACGUUGGAAGAGCUUCCGUUCGCUUGGUUUUAUCCCCAUGUCACUGAGGGUCAGCGCGUACAUGUCGUCGGUUCAGUUGUAAAAAUAAAUCCUUGCCCUUUGACGUGUUCUGUUCAAGUUUAUUUUCUGUUUCCUGUUCCUUCCUUUCUGUGUAUUUUAUAUACCAUACCCUUUUGUUUUUGCAUUCGGAGAUCCAUUGUCGACACUGGCUUUUUGAGACACCUCCCUAGCUGUAUCAUAGUAUAUUGGUACAGGUUUAUCUCUCCUCUCGGAUUGUAUUUUAAUUUCUAAUUCGAAUUAUUUGCGACGACUUUUUUGUUGUCGCCAUUGAAAUCUAAGCAAACUGCCAUCCCUACUUCAACCCGUCAUUGCCGCGAUGAAGCGCAGCAAUGACUAUGGUCCUCAGCCAGCCGUGGAUAAUUAUAAGAAACAGCGGUUUAGUCCGCAGACUCCCUAUGGAUAUCCUCUCGGUGCCAGCCCCCCCGGAGGCUUCAAUCAAAACAAUGCUGAUCUUUACGGACAGUUCGGAUCAAUGGGCCCCUACGUGAACGUUCUCUCCGGUAUGGGUGGCAUGGCUGGACUCGGCAGUCCUCCCCCGCAGGCGAGCGCAAGUCAAGGCCUUGGCCCAUAUCAAGGGAUGAACCCGAAUCAGUACCAGACGCAGUUCUCCCAGAGCGGUUCCUAUAACCAGUUUCCGUCAACGGCAUUCCAUACGAGCCAGCACUAUCAGGCUGCCAGCCAUGCUUUCAAUCAGACGAUGCGUACAAUCUAUCUUGGUAACCUUCCGCCGUUGGUUUCAUAUGAGGAAGUCAUCAACAUAGUGAAAGGAGGGUCACUUGAGCAAGUCAAGAUUCUCGAGGAGAAGAAUUGCGCAUUUGUUACCUUUGUAGAAGCAACCGCUGCCCACGCGUUUCACGCGGAUUCGCAAGCCAAACGGCCUCACAUUGGCACCCAGGAGAUCAAGGUCGGAUGGGGAAAGCACUCUACUAUUCCCCCAACCAUUCUCGCUGCAAUCCAGGGAGGCGCCUCGCGGAACGUCUUCAUUGGAAACAUUGACGAAGGAGUGACGGAACCAAUGUUGACGCAAGAGUUUGGCCGGUUUGGUCCUGUGGAUCAGAUCAAGAUUCUUUUUGAAAAGCGGAUUGCUUUCGUUCACAUGGCGAGCAUUGCUGCAGCGAUGAAGGCGGUUAGUACUCUUCCCAACGACUCGCGUUGGGCAAAUCGCCGUAUCAACUAUGGAAAGGAUCGAUGUGCCUACCAACCAAAAGUCGCUGGACUCGUACAAAAUAUGGGCUUUGGGAUGACAUUUGAUCCGUUCAAUGGCCUUUCGGGCCAGAUGAAUGGCAAUGCGGGUACAAAUCGCACAGUAUAUCUCGGAAGUAUUCACCCGGAUGUUACGACCAAGGACUUGUGUGAUGUCAUUCGCGGUGGUAUUCUUCAAAAUAUCAAGUAUAUGCCCGACAAGAACAUUGCAUUUGUCACGUUCAUCGAUCCUAGUUCAGCUGUCAACUUUUAUAACCGAGGUACUUACGAAGGGGUUGUGCUGAAGGGGAAGCGGCUCAAGGUUGGUUGGGGAAAGGCGACCUCCCUGCCACAGUCAGUUGCAGUUGCCGUUCAAUCGGGAGCUUCGCGUAACGUCUACAUUGGAGCGAUUGACGAAUUGAUUACGGAAGACCGUUUGCGCAAGGACUUUAGCGAGUUUGGCGACAUUGAGCUGGUCAACAUCAUUCCGGAAAAAAAUAUUGGUUUCGUGAAUUUUGUGGACAUUAUGAGCGCUGUCAAGGCUGUUGAAUCAAUGAAGUUGGUUCCUGACUACGGAAAGUACAAGAUAAACUAUGGGAAGGACCGAUGCGGCAACCCACCGCGCCCACCUAGGGAGAGUGCUGUGCAAAGAGCCGCUGCUGUUGCCGCUGCUGCUGCCGCAGGCCCUGCGAAUGAAAACGGAUACGGUGGAGACAAGGUCUCAACUGGUGGGAUGGGAUUGAGUGCCAUGGAGGAGACUGAGUCGUUAUUGAAUGGAACUUCGCUGUUGGGUAGCAGUGGAAGCUUUCUCUGAACGGACACAGCGUACAUUUCUAUAAUAGGCAGAUACCUUGCGGUUGGGAUUGUACUACAAAUAGGCGUUAAGUAUGGGCUCAGUAUUGCAUUUCUCCCUCUUCUCAGCGAUUUGAGCCUUUCGGUUUUAUUUCGCGACAUACCUUUCAUUGCUGUUGGAGUUGGGCUGGAGCUUUGGAAAGAGGAUACCGUAUUGGGCAGGGCGUGUUUUCUUUUAUUUGAUACUUUUGUUAUUCAUUCUUUUGUGGUACUUUCUGUAAUUUCACAUUGAAUUUAUUAUUUGUGCACACAUAUAUGACACCAAA